GUUAAUGAUACAUCCAUGUGUUGCAUCUCAUCUUUUCCUUUUCUCUACUUUCUAUAUGAUGCAACGCGCAAGUUCCCAAGAAGUUCUUCUUGCAACGCGGUAUCCACUUCUUUAAACUUAUACAGGGAGCCCAAUCGUCAUCCACGGUAUAUCCAUCUCCAACUAAUUACACUUUACAUCCAAAAUGUCUUCUUCCAUCGCAUUACCAGGAGUCCUUUCCUCUCAAUGGAAUUAUGAUGUAUUCUUAAGCUUUCGCGGUGAGGAUACCCGCAAUGGUUUUACUGGUCAUCUUUACCAUGCUUUGGAUCAAAAGGGAAUCAACACUUACAAAGAUGAUGUGGAGCUGAGAAGAGGUGAAGAAAUUUCACCUGCACUUUUAAAGGCCAUUCAAGAGUCAAAGAUUUCGAUCGUUAUCUUUUCUGAAAACUAUGCAUCAUCUACUUGGUGUUUGGAUGAGCUUUUAAAGAUUCUAGAGUGUAAAGAAUCAAAACAACAGAAGGUUUUUCCAGUAUUUUACAAAGUCGAGCCAUCGACAGUACGGCAACAAAAAAAUAGUUUUAAAGAAGCAUUGGAUAAACAUGAAGACAAGUUUAAGGAUGAUGCUAAAGUUCAGAAGUGGAAGACUGCCUUAAAACAAGCUGCCGAUCUAUCCGGUUUCCAUUUAAAGAUCGAGGAGAACGAAUCUAAAUUUAUCGAAGAAAUUGUUCAAGAGGUCUCAAAAAUAGUACUAAAUCGUACAUAUUUGCAUGUUGCUGAGUAUCCAGUGGGAAUAAACUCUCGUGUAGAAGAUAUUAGUGAGCUAUUAUGUAUUGAGGAGAAUGACAUACGCAUGAUAGGGAUUUUUGGUGUCGGUGGAAUUGGGAAAACAACUAUUGCAAAAGAGAUGUAUAACUGCAUUACUGAUCAAUUUGAAGGCAGCUGUUUUCUUGCAAAUGUUAGAGAAUCUUCAAAACAAGAUCAAGGUGGUCUCGUAAAGUUGCAAGAGACAAUUCUUUCUGAAAUUCUUAAAGAUUCAAGUUUGAAAGUUAGUAAUGUUGAUCGAGGAAUCAAUUUGAUAAUGGAGAAACUUCGCUGUAAAAGAAUUCUUUUGGUUCUUGAUGAUGUUGAUUGUUUGGACCAAUUAAAAAAAUUAUGUGGAGGAUGCAAUUGGUUUGGUUCUGCUAGUCGAAUCAUCAUAACAACAAGGGAUGAGGGUUUACUAACUAAGCAUAGUGUUCAUUUCAAAUAUCGUAUGAAGGAAAUGGAUCACCAUGAAGCUCUUCAGCUCUUUAGCCAGCAUGCUUUCAAAAGUGACAAACCUGAUGAUGCUUUUGCGGAUGUCAUAAAACUUGCACUAAAGUGUGCUGACGGCCUUCCACUCGCUUUACAAGUGAUAGGCUCAAAUCUAUAUGGAGAAGAUAUAGAUUUUUGGAAAAGCGAAUUGGAAAAGUACAAAAGAAUUCCAGAAGAAAAUAUCCACAAAAAACUCAAAAUAAGUUACGAUGGAUUAGAUUAUCAUACAAAAAAGAUUUUUCUUGACAUUGCAUGUUUCUUCAAAGGAUACAACAGAGAUUAUGUCACUAAAAUAUUGAAUGGUUGUGGUUUCUUUGCCGAUGCUGGUAUCAAAAAACUCGAAGAUAAAUGUCUCAUAACUAAUGAUGUAUGGCGACUGGGGAUGCAUGACUUACUAGAAGAUAUGGGUAGAGAAAUUGUCCGACAAGAAUCACCCGAAGAACCUGGCAAGCGGAGUAGAUUAUACUUUCAUGAAGAUGUUCGUGAAGUACUUGAAAAAAAUAAGGGAACAGAGCAAAUUGAAGGCAUAUUGAUAGAGAUGCCUCGGAAGGACAGCAGGAUACAUUUGGAUUCUGAUGUGUUUGCAAAAAUGGAAAAACUUAGAAUACUAAAAGUUAGUAUCUUCGAUGACGUCAUUUUUUGUGGUGGAUUGAAUUAUCUCUCUAAUGAGUUAAGAGUUCUUAGAUGGCCCAAAUGUCCUUUGCUCUUUUUGCCAUCUUCUUUUCAUGGAGAGAAACUCAUUGAGUUCAGUAUCAAAGGAAGCAAUAUUAGAGAUUUAGGCACGAGAUUGCAAUCUAAGAACUUAACCAGUAUAGAUCUCAGUAACUGUGAGUACUUGACAAAUAUAUCGGAUCUUUCAAGUUGCUCAAAUCUAGAGAAGUUGUUUUUACAUGGAUGUACAAGUUUAGUUGAGGUUCAUGAUUCUGUUGGAUUUUUGGAUAAGCUUGUUCAAUUGUAUUUUCGCUAUUGUUUCAACCUAAAGAAGUUGCCAAGAAGCUUCAAGUUGAGAUGUCUAGAAUUACUUGCACUUGACGGUUGUACUAGUCUUGAAUACUUUCCAGAAAUUGAGUGUGAAAUGAAAUAUUUGAAUUGUGUCGAGUUAACAAGCUGCGGAAUACAGGAGCUACCUUCAUCCAUUACAUACCUCACUGGGCUCAAUACGUUAUAUAUAAAUGGUUGCGACAACUUUGUGCAUUUUCCAGUGAACAUUUUUCAGUUGGAACAUCUACAAGAUGUUUCCAUCACUUGUUGUCCAAAUUUUGUAAAUUUUGGAAAGGAGGUGGGGCAUAAUGGACAAUUCGUGCCAUGCAUACAGGAAAAUGAAAUUUCUUCAAGUAUGGAAUUGUCGCCUCCAGAAUCAAAUAAUUUAUUUAGGACAUUUAAUUUCUCAUCCAGUUUGAGAGAAUUAUAUCUAUGUCGUAGUGGUAUUGUUAGCCUUCCUCCAUGCAUUGAAAGAUUUGUUGGAUUGUCUGAACUUUAUGUGACAUGCUGCGAGCAACUUGAAGAAAUUCUAUACCUUCCACCAAAUAUAGAAGAGGUAGAUGCCAGUGGAUGUUCCAACCUAAAGAGUUUCUUACCAAAAUCAAAUAAUUUAUCUCGAACAUAUAAUUUCUCAUCCAGUUUGAGGACUUUAAAUCUAUCUGAUAGUGGUAUUGUUAGCCUUCCUCCAUGCAUCAAAAGAUUUGUUGGAUUGUCUAAACUUUAUUUGACAGACUGCAAGCAACUUGAAGAAAUUCUACACCUUCCACCAAAUAUAGAAGAGGUAGAUGCCAGUGGAUGUUCCAGCCUAAAGAGUUUCUUACCAAAAUCAAAUAAUAGAUUAUCCAGUUUGAGGACAUUAAAUCUAUCUGGUAGUGGUAUUGUUAGCCUUCGUCCAUGCAUCGAAGGAUUUGUUGGAUUGUCUAAACUUGAUUUGAGAGAAUGCAAGCAACUUGAAGAAAUUCUACACCUUCCACCAAAUAUAAAAUGGGUAGAUGCCAGUGGAUGCGUGUUAUUGGAACGCUUUCCUCAUGUAUCGACAGAAUCUUCAUUUGGUACACCCGACUUAAAACGGCUAACAAGGAUUGACUUAUCGGAAUGCAAUAAAGUGAAAGUGGAUGUAGGGAAUCAUGCGCCAGAUCCAUUAUGGGUUCAGGAACGCUUUCGGGGGAAAGAUUCAAGUACAAUUAUAUAUUCAGGAAGUAGGAUUCCAGAGUGGUUCAAGUAUUGCGAGGAGACUACUUCAUUAAGUAAAUCUAUUGAAGUAGAAAUUGAUCGUAAUGUGUCCAUGUGUUUUGGGCAUCAGAUCGUGGCAUUAGUUUUGUGUUUUGUUGUGGGACCUCUUCUAGCAUGGAGUUUUAAUAUCUCAAUAAACGGCCAGCGGAUUGGAUUAUGGGGUUCAAUGUGCCCACAUGAUCGUGUAUGUCUAAAAUACAUAGCUGGAAAUUCUAUUGAUGAGAUUCUGUCAAGAAGUUACAGGGAGGGGAACAAUAAUAUGAGGUUUACAUUUGAAAGUGAUUCAGAGAAAGCAGUCUUAAAAAGUGUCGGAGUCCAUCUAAUAUACGGGAAGGACAAUUUCAUUAAUCCUAUUCAACUUUCAAAGAGAUCUCCAGAUGAUGGUGAGCAUGACUUGGAACCCGAUUGGAACCCACAACAGAAGCGUCAAUCUUCAACCACAAGAAUUAUGUAAUUCAAGGAUGCUAAUGUUGAUUUAAUUAUUGAAGAUUUGGAUUUAGAACUUCGACUUGGGAAUUGAAAUUCAGAAAAGAAUCGAAGUUGCGGAAGGAAUCAAAGUUGGGGGAAAGAACUGCAACGGAUGCUUGUGGAAUUUGUAGCAAAGUAAUCUCCUCGACCACUUUACUAGAAUUUCAGUACAUAUAUUAAUAUAUACACCAGGAAUAUUGAAACAGGUUCAAAGGCCUCAAAGAAUAUGUUUUUAGACCAAGACCAGAUCAGUAAUGGAGAUUUAAGGAUGCUGGAUGAAUUGUUAUACUAGGCAUUAUAAGGUCUCCAUUGAAAGGCAGAAAUUAAUGACCAAAUUUAUGUGUGGAGGGAAGAAAGGUAAUGUGCAUGGAGCUGGUUUUCUUAACAUUUGUGUGUUACGCACAAAACUGUCCAGGAACACAUCAAAGACGAUAUUUAAGUGGUUCAGUAAUUUGCUCCACUGGAGCCAAAAUUUACUAAGUUUGUAUGAGAUUACAAACUCUCAAAAUUUCUCACGUCCACUCUCUCUGAUUUUGCACACACUGACUUCACACAUCAGAGCUCUCCUUUUAUAUGAGAAGCUCUACUAAAUGAGACAGUUGGGGAGCUGGUGGAGUUAUGUCCAACCUCCAACAACAUUUGGACGAUGCAAAGCAGCCUUUCCUGUGUUGGUUUCAUACUUAGGGUAAUUGCUGAAAGUUUCUGGUUUGAGAAAUGACACAAAUCAAAGGUCCUAAAGCUCUGGAUUGGAUUAUUAUCAUACUUUUGUACCCAUUUCAUUCCAAAAGAUUGAAUUUAUUGUCAAGAACUACAGGCAUGAUCUAGAUUGUUAAAUGGGUUCUGCCCCUGAAGAUUUGUCAGGAAAUUUAGAGCUAUGUGGAAAUCGUAUGGGUAAUUGCGACGAAGGCUCAAUUCCAAGUGUCCUAGUGAUUGUUAUAUACUUGCAACGAUGGCAACAGUCGGCAUAGGUAUAGUGGUCUUCAUCAACCACAAGAGGCAACCAUCUUUAUUGACAAAGGCUCCAGUACAGCCAUCAAACUUGCAAAAGAAAUCCAGCAGCCGCAGUGGAAAUACCAAGAAGGUUGAGAAUGUGAAGCUGACCUUUGUCAGGGAAGAUAGGGAGAGGUUUGAUCUGCAGGAAUUGCUUAAACCUCAGCUGAGAUAUUGGGCAGUGGAUCCUUUGGGUCUUCUUACAAGGCUGCCUUGCAUAAUGGACAGGUGAUAGUUGUGAAGCGGUUCAAACAAAUGAAUAAGUUGGAGAAAGAGGAGUUUCAAGAGCAUAUGAGCAAGCUAGGGAGGUUGAGACACCCGAAUAUGCUUCCUCUGGUGGCUUACUACUAUAUAUAGGAAGGAAGAGAAGCUCUUGGCAUUUGACCAUGUGCAGAAGGCCAGCUUGGCCGUUCAUCUACAUGGUAGUUCAGCCCCAAGACAACCUACAUAGCCCUUUGUUCAUGCCACUUGCUUUUCCAUUCCUCCUCUGUUUUGUUCAAACCACAAGUCGGCAACUUAUGGCCAUUAAUUGGUCUCUCUCUGCCACAUAUUGAAGAUGUUCAACCACACCGAUUGCUAAACUCUUGGCCACGAUAUUCGGUAACUGUUUAACUCUCUACAUCACUCUUGUAUGGACUGUUAUAUUCAUUUGGUUAGAUGAUGUUGUGUUUUGAGUAUUUAAGUAGAGGAAUAUCAUGGUUUGAGAAAAUAUUUGUGAACGUAGAAACAAGAGAAAUUAGUUCAACCUACUACUUGAUGAGGUAGAAUAAAAUUCUGCUCUGUUUUUGGUUUAGGCAAUUCGGUUUCUAUUAUAGUUUCUACUAUAGAUUUAGCUCUAUCAUUUCCUUUACCUGAAUCCCUUUUCAAUAGGCUUAAACCCUCCAUUUUAUACGUCAAAACAUUAGAAAUCAGUGUUUGUUUGUGAGCCACCUUCUCAAGCUUAAACCAACGUGAACAACCAUAGAUUAUCACCUCUUCACCUCUUCCUCAACUACUCAACUCAAGCCUCUUGUAGCUAUUGAACUUGCCUCAUUCUAGACCACCUCAAGAGGUAGCACAACCACCAUAGAAGCCACCAAAGCAGCAGGUAAGAUCCCUCUUUUAAUUCUGUCCAAAACUGUAGCAUAGCAGCAAACUCUUUCUGCAAUGCGUUUCCUCCUCUAAAUUUAUGCAAUUGAUUCCUUCCUACUA